UGAAUAACAAAAACUCUUUACUGAGGCAAAAGGUUCCAAAAAGCAAACUAGUCCAAAAAGGGGCAGGCAGAGAAUCGGAGGUCAGGGCAGGCAGGCGGAGUCAGAACAGGCAGGUCACGAAUACACACGAGUAACGCUAGAGAGCUGGGCGCAAAAACACAAGGAGACCAAGGAAGACAGAACUACAGACAACAAUCCAGCAGGAGACAAGUGAAAGACUGGCACAAUAUAAAGGGGGGGAACACAGGUGUACGGCAUGAGACACUAACGAGACAAGAGUGGCUGAGGGCAGGUGAAGGGAAUGAAACAAUCAAGGUAAAGUUAUUUACCAUCUUUUAUUGACCCAAUGCAACAAUUACAUAGCAAUGGUAAUUCAGAUAUAUGUGUUGUAAUGUAUAUAGUGAUACAGUGCUACAGGUGCUUUGUCAUAAUGAAGACACCCUAUCAACAGGUGUAGCUGCAGUGAGUGGGUUUGUGGCACCAGGGUGUGUUUAGGCUCGGCUGCAGACUGGGUGGAGCGGGUGUGUUGCAGAGAACGGUGUCUAUUUGGUGUCAGCUGCUGGCUGAUUGGUAAUCAGCCCAGCUGAAGCCAAUCGGUGUGUGUGUAUCUGUCCCCAUAAAGGAGCAGUAAGGACUGAGGAGUGGGGCACAGAGGCACAGUCUUACCAAAUACAACCUCUGUGAAUGCUCAUCCUUUGGUGCUUGGGGGAGAUUGACUGACAGGAACCUGUUACAGGGUUUAUAGAUUAACCUUCUGCUGCAUCAUGUAGGGAAGUACUGGAGGAGUUAAAACAUGCAAACAUCUAACAGACUCCUAAAGUUGUGUCUCACAGUGUGUCCACAGCCCUCAUGUCCCGCCCCCGCUAUGUCAGUGGUCAAAGUAUAAAUACAUCAUGUCACCUUUAACAGGUGGCAGCUCCCUCUCAGGGAGUCAGAGGGACUCACAGCCCACCCUGAGUGGAUGUGGUACUUGCAUGCUUUUUUUGUUUGUUUGUAAUAUGAUAUUUUAAUCACCAGUUUUUUUUAUUUUCUUCUCUUAAACCAUUCUGGGAAAGUGCGUUGUUAUAGCAAAUCCUCCAGGCCCCGGCGACUGCUGCGUUCAAGGAGCCUCCGGAGCUCUUUCUGUGUCACCAUGGGGAUCAAAGCUGCACUUCCCAAAUAUGAGAUCUAUUUCUACAACACGGUCCUUUGUCUGGCCAUGUUCUGGGCGUCCAGCCGGAUCUUUGACCUGUCCAGUUCCGGUGCAAACAGAAAAACGUUCAAAACCAGCGUGACGCCAGGAUACUUCGGGAGGAAAAUGGAUACGGCUGAUGUUGAGUGGAUGAUGUGGUUUUCUACCUUCAGAAUGCACAUCCUGUUCGCUCUCGCUGGCCAUGUGCUGUUCGCUAAGAUCUGCUCCAUGUUGGCUCCACAGUACAGGUCCCUGGUGUGCAUGGUGUACGGGCUCCUGGCCGUGUGGACCAGUAUGGGCUGGACCUACGUCACCCUCAUCCUGUCCCACUGCAUUCUGCUCUACAGCAUCUCCUUGGUGAAAAUCCGCUGGCUCUGCUUCGUCAGCGGUCUUUGCACCCUCGCCACGUUCAAGUGUGAACCCUUCGUGUCCUGGCAGGCUGGCUUUGUGGAGGGCGACUUUGAGCUGCGUCACGUCCUCUUCUAUGGAGGUUGUGGCUUUACAAUCAUGCGCUGUAUGAGCUUUGCUCUGGAGAACUGCGAGAGGAAAGACGGAAACUACAACAUCCUGGAGCUGCUCAAGUAUAACUUCUACCUACCCUUCUUCUAUUUCGGGCCCAUCAUGACCUUUGAUAAGUUUUAUAUUCAGGCCAACAAGUCCGACCUGACCAGGAAAGAGAGGGAGAUGUGGAACAUCAGCCUGCAGGGCCUGAGUCACCUGGGAGUCGUCGUCGUCGUGAACGUCCUCUUCCACUUCCUGUACAUCCUCACCAUCCCCAACGACAUGAAGCUGCUAAAGCACGCCUCGGACUGGGCUCUAGUGGGCCUUGCUUACUUUAACCUGGUGUAUGACUGGGUUAAGGCCGCUGUCAUGUUUGGAGUCAUCAACACAGUGUCCAGACUGGAUCAUCUGGACCCUCCCAAGCCACCGAAAUGCAUCACGAUGCUCUACGUGUUCGCUGAAAUUCAUUUUGACAGAGGGAUCAACGAGUGGCUGCGCAAGUAUGUGUACGACCACCUGGGAGGAAGACACGAGAACGUGGUGGAGGAGCUGGUGGCGACGCUGUGCACCUUCGGCAUCACCGUCCUGUGGCUGGGACCCUGCCAGGCGGUGCUCAUCUGGGCUUUCUUCAACUGCCUCGGCCUCAACUUUGAGCUGUGGACCGCCAAGUUGUUCUCCAUGGAGCCUUUUGCUUCGGUUGAGAUGGCCAUGCCAGAAGCGACAUCCCGCCGGAUCCGAGCCAUCUUCAAUACGUUCAACUUCUGGAGCAUUGUGUUGUACAACAUCUUGGCCUUGAACAGUUUGGACUUUGCCAAGUUGGUGGCAAAGCGGCUGCUUCUUAAAGGCUUCCCUGUAACCACCAUCAUCGUCAUGUUUGUGACCUACUGCCUGAUUCAAGUGAUUAAGGAGAGAGAGAGGAGGCAGGCCCUGAUUGAUGAUCCCGAUCCUCUUCCUCCUGCUGCCCCUCAAAGCGCCGCCGCCACUGCAGCUGCUGCGCCCGCUGCUGCUCAACCAGUCGCAGAUCCCAGCAAAGCAAAAGCAGAGUAGAUGUUUGAUGUUCAAUUCGCUAAUCGAAAAGGAUGUAAAAAUCCAAGAGUAUGAUCCAAAAUGGCCAGUCCACAUUCUUGAAUGAAUUGUAAAAUUGAUGCUCGGUUUCUGCUGAUGUAGGAAAAAAAAAGUAUUAACUGUAAAUACGUUUUCCAUCAUUUAACUAUUUAUACUCAAAAUGGAGAAAAAUAAUUGACAGUUACUGAAAUAUAAUAUAAUAGUAUACUAUACAGUAGCCACUUAAAAUGAACAAACGAUACAUUUAACACCACUUUAAGUGUGUCAAAACUGAAUUAAAUGUUUCUGAAACGUUUGUCAUCAAUGCAAAAAAUAAACCAAUAAAAGCUGUGUUCAAAUCUU